AGUUUUCAGCAAUUAUAAUAAUUCAAAUAGUAGUUAUAUUUAAACAAAAAGAAAAAUGGGAUCGAAGGCAAUUUGGCUAAUUGUUUUGGCUAUUAUUCUUGUGACAACAUCAAAGGUUGCAGCUAGGAAGUUGGAUCAGAGUUCCAUCACUUCCUUGAAAAAGGGAGAGACAAGUGAGGCAAAUGACGCCAAAUUUCUCGGAGGAGGGUUUCCCGGAAUCGGCGGACUUCCAACAGUAGGAGGAGUAUUUCCUGGAAUGGGAGGACUUCCAACAAUAGGAGGAGGAGGAGGACUUGCCGGAAUCGGAGGACUCCCUGGAUUGGGAGGACCCUCAGGAAUUAGUGGAGGAGGACUUCCAGGAAUCGGAGAACUUCCAAAAAUAGGAACACUUCCUAAAAUCGGAGGACCUUCGGGAAUUGGAGGAGGAGGACUUCCAGGUAUUAGGAGCACUUCCAAAAAUCGGAGGACCUUCAGGAAUAGGAGGUCCUCCAGGAAUUGGAGGACUUCCCAAAAUCGGAGGACCUUCGGGAAUUGGAGGAGGAGGACUUCCAGGUUUAGGAGCACUUCCAAAAAUCGGAGGACCUUCGGGGAAUUGGAGGACUUCCAGGAAUAGGAGCACUUCCAAAAUUUGGAGGUCCUCCAGGAAUUGGAGGAGGAGGACUUCCAGGAUUUGGACUUCCUGGAAUUGGAGGGAAAGGAGGAGUUUUUAAAACUGAAAGACUCCCUUGAUCUAACUAAUUAAUUAUUAAAGAAUAUCUAUGAAGAAUAUCCAAGGUGGUUAUAUAUAUAUAGGUAAUAAUUUUGUUGCUGAAAGUAUGAAUAAAUGUAUAUGACAAAAGAUUGUGUUGGAGUGAUAACUAAUUUUUUAUUUUUAAUUAGAUGCUUCAAACCUGGAUAUGCAUGUAAUGGCUUUUGACAGGAAGCACUUUAUCUUUGAUGUGUAACUUUUCGAUAUGAAUUUGAAUAAACUAGACUCAAAUACAAAUAUCAAA